AUGUCCGGCGAAUCAGCCUCUGCUAUUCCAAAAGGCCAAGUUGAUUUGCAGGAGUUCGUAGAUUGGUCAGGCGUGGAAUGCUUGAAUCAAAGCGGCAGCCACUCACUUCCAAAUGCUCUCAAACAGGGUUACAGAGAAGAUGAUGGUUUGCAUUUGGAAAGCGAUGCUGAUGAACAGCUGUUGAUAUAUAUUCCUUUUACUCAAGUUAUUAAACUCCAUUCGUUUGUAAUAAGAGGACCAGGGGAAGAAGGCCCAAGAACUGUGAAGCUUUUUGCUAACAGGGAGCACAUGGGGUUCAGUAAUGUCAACGAUUUCCCUCCAAGUGAUACAGCUGUUUUAUCCGAGGAGAACCUUAAGGGAAAACCUGUGAUAGUCAAGUAUGUCAAGUUUCAGAAUGUGCGCAGCCUGACAAUUUUCAUUGAGGACAAUCAAUCAGGUUCUGAAAUUACUAAAGUUCAAAAUAUUGUUCUCCAUGGAACUACGGUGGAAACAACAGAUAUGAAAGGUCUAAAGAAGAUCGAGGACCACUAG